UUCUAUUCGUAAACCGUUUUGAAACUGAGGCGGCGGAAAAUAAAAGCCUUGCCCGAGAUCUAGAUUCUAUGGAUUUAAUGGAUUAAGUCUGUUGUACCUUUCUAAGCUAAACUAUUUUUUAUGCGAUAAUCUACAAUAAUAUGACGCUUAAAAAGUCCAGGAUGGAUAUGUCCUUGGUAGCCCAAUUUGAUGACCUAGUGAGAAAGGCAAAAGUUCUGCAAACAGGAUGUGAAUCAGAAUUUAUUACUUUUGCUACUAAUCAAGAUGAAGCAAGAAAAAAAUGGCUCAGUUCUGAACAGAAAUGUGAAAGCCUAGAGGAUAGAAUUAAACGUGCAGAAUCACAAGUAGCAUCGCUAGAUACACAGUUGAAACAUGCUAGAAUGCAAGCUGAAUAUGAACUUCAAAGAAGAAAGGCUGCUGAACGAGAAAAAGAAGACAUGGAUCGCCAAAUAGGAGUUAUUAGAGAAUUGUUGAAUGAUAAGAACAGCAAAAGUAUUCUUCAUGAAAAUGAUAGGGACAGAUUAGCAGCUAUUGCAAACAGCCAUCGGCAGAGUGCACAGUUGGAUACCAGCAAUACAAGGUUGAAUACAAUUAUGGAACAUUCUGCUUCGUUUCUGUCUGAUGUUUCUUAUGACAAGACAGAAGAAGAUCCUUUAUGUGAAUCCAGACUGAGAAAUGGGAAAAAGUUUAAGCGUCCGUCUGCCCCUCCAGCUGAGGAUAUGGACAAUACACCACCUAAGAGACAGAAAGAUGAGAAUGAUCAUAACAAUUCUAUUGUGACAGCUGUCAUUACAAUAGAUGCUGCUGGCAAACCCAGUGCCACUAUAGAAACAAACAUGGGACCAAAAUUAAAUAAAAGUUUUAGUGAACCUUCAUUGGAUAAGAGAGGGCAUGAUGCAGAUAGUGGAGCUGAUAGUGAUGAUGAUGUUUAUGGCAUUUCACGUAAGAGCAGUGCUAACAGAAAUUUUAAUGCACAGCCAAGGAAAAGUAUCCUGAAAAGCACACCUGAGACUCCCACUUUAAGAAAAGCCAACUCUGCAGGCAGGGGAUUAAAUCGAGUUCAUAUCUUUAUCUCUAAGACUGUCAUCAAGCCAGAGAUCUGUGUUCCUUGUGGGAAGCGCAUCAGAUUUAGCAAACCUGCCAUGAAGUGUAAAGAUUGUCGUGCAGUAUGUCAUCCAGAAUGUAAAGAUAAACUUCCUCUACCUUGUAUUCCUUCCUGUCCCAGCACACCUGGAUUUAACAAACAGUCUGAGGGCCUUAUUGCAGAUUAUGCUCCGUCAGAGAGACCAAUGAUACCCAGACUUAUUGUCAAUUGUGCUAAUGAAAUUGAAAACAGAGGUUUGCAAGAAGUUGGUAUUUACAGAGUCCCAGGCUCUGAUAAGGAUCAAAAAGAGCUGAAGGAAAAGUUUAUCAAAGGCAGAUCUCCUAACCUUUCUCAAAUCCAUGACAUUCAUGUUGUGUGUGGCUGUCUUAAGGAAUUCUUGCGUAGCUUAAAAGAACCUCUCGUCACUUUCGCUUUGUGGCCAAAGUUUGUUGAGGCAGCAGACAUUCGAUCAAGUGAGAGCUGUCAAGAAGAAAUGUGCAAACUUGUCAAUUAUUUACCUCAAGCCAAUAAAGAUACUUUAGCUUUUCUUGUACAACACCUUCAAAUUGUUGCCAAUACCCCUGCAUGUAAAAUGCCAGCUUCAAACUUGGCGAAAGUUUUUGGUCCAACUGUUGUUGGUUACUCUUGUGCUGAGCCAGAACCAAUGCAGAUAAUGAAUGAAACAAGAAAACAAAAUCAGGUCAUGGAGCGUCUGCUAGAAAUACCAACUGACUUUUGGGCUGAUCUUUUGGUUGUAGAUGAAAUUGGUUUAUAUCCAAAUAGUACACCAUACACUCCUGACAGUGUACAAUAUGGUCUUCGAAGUAUGCUGGGUCCUAUCAAUACCCCAGAGAGAUCUGAAUUGUAUGGGAAUGAUAUGAAACGAAGUCAGACUACACCAAGGGACUUGAGAAAAGCUCAAGUGGGAGGAAAAAUCAAUUUGAUGCCACCACUGUUCAGUGACACCCAUGUUGCUGCUUUGUAAAUCCUACCAAGGCUGUGAAUUCUUUGUCAAGAUAUGCAACCAAGUCGUUUGAACCUAAAAGACCAAGUCGCUUCUUUGACUCUCCAGUGGUCAAUUAAUCAAGUUUAGCAUGUGCAAGUCUUAUGAUUGGUGUAGAGUACUGGUUUUAUAUAAUAUGAUGUAUUUCUAUAGGAGUUUACUGUUUAAACUUUUGAUAUAUGAUAUAUAUUAAUUUAUGUGCUGAUAGCGUCCUAGUUUAACUAGUUAUGUUAUAAUGUUCAAUGUUAUACUCGAUUAUAUCUAAAUUAUCGACACCCCACCAACCUAAAUGUCCCCCUUUUUUUUUUGUUGAGGUUUGACUAUUAAAACUAAGACAAGAUCUGACAAAACUGUAAAGCUGUUAGACUUAAUAUUUGAGUUUCAUUUUGUGUGUGUGUAGAAGUUGAACCGUUCAACUAUUUCACUCAUAGCUUUGAAUGAAUCAAGUCAUGAUGUCAAAGCAUUUUAUUGAAGAGCUGUGUUCUCUCUGCAACUGGUAUACUGUAGGAUUUCAGAGCUCUCUUUGUUGUAAAUAAACUGGCAAUGCUUUCAAUUUAUUAAGUUAACUCAAAAUUAUGCUUUUUUUUUAGUGUGUGCCUUAACUUUAAUUGAUUAGAAAAUGUUCAGAUGCCACAUAAGAUGAACAAAAAGUUGUGCUGCUGUAGUGGAAAAAAAGUAAAUUUAAAUAUUUUAUUUCUCAGUGGAUAUUUUCAUGUUUCUAGGUCUGAUCUAUUAAUAAAGACUAAUUUAAAAAAAAAAAAAAAAACAUUUUAGAUUUGUAGAUUAAAAAUGUUGGAGUUAAUGUUUUUCUGUAUUCACAUGGCUAUUGUACCAAUAAAUUGUUUACAGCUUUGCAUUUAGUAGACUUUGCAAGGUUUUAGUGGAUAUUAUUUAUUAGUGGUAGCCAUUGAUGCAUCUAAAUAAAUGUUUACAAUAAAUAAUUAUAUUGAAUUUUCUGA